AUGGCUAGAACUAACAAAUGGACCGUUCGCGAAGCUAAGGCUGAAUCCCACUAUUUCACUCAUAAUGGGCACUACGGUGUUUCCCCAAACUCUGUGAAGAAAGACGGUUAUGGUAAAGGUAAUUGGGGUAAAGCAGGGGACGAGAUAGAAGAUUUGAUCGAUAUGGGUGAGAUUAAACCUGCUUUCAACAAACAACGCAGAGGUUCUAACUCUCAGAAACGGUAG